AUGUUUUUGCGAGCCGCGGAGUCCGGUGAUGUAUGGGCCGGUGGAAAAAUGCCGCCGCAAAGAGCGCCAUCACUCCGGGGCGAUUUAUCGCGCGCGGCAACUAUGCGCGGCCCACGACGCGCGCGCGAAUCCCGGCACCUACCCGCGCGGGAAUGCGCGCCCCCCGAUGUGACGGAACUUUGCACGUCGCUAAAUUACGGCCGCGCGGACGCCGCAUUUCGUUAUCCCGGGAACAUUAAUAAGUCUCUUUAUUCAAAGGAUCGUCUGACCAGAGCCAUUGUU